AUGGACUGGAAUAACUGCAUGGAAUAUACCAAUUCUAGAGCCUCCCCCGAUACAACAGAUGCCGAGUACCGCUGCGGGCUUUGUAACAAGACCUACGGUCGCCGGGAUCUCCGCGACCGGCAUCGACGUCGCUGCGCCAAAACUUUUGGCCAGGAACGCGCCUCCAAGCGCAAGUCUUGUGAAACUUGCGCGCAGAAAAAGUUGCGCUGUUCAUUGACCCGCCCCGCCUGUAGUCGAUGCGUUCAGAUGGGCUCCGCCUGUCACUAUCCCAACCCAUCUUCGACACGCGGAGACCAGGACACCGGCCCAGAACUCAUGACAUCUGUUGAGGAACCGACGUCCACGGGAUUGACGCCCAUUGCCCCCGUUGCGGCCGUAGCUAUGCCGGGGAAUGGCAGUCAUAGUACCUCCGGUAUGGACGGCAUCGCCUGGAGCCCGGCACUCGACAAUAUCGAUCUGAUGCUUUCCUCGAUGGGUGAUGGAACGGGAUUUCCAGGCCAGAAUACAUGGCCUGACCUCGGGUCAGGCUUUGUAGGCGAACACCUACACGGUCAGCCAGCGUCCUUCUACAUUGCGCCGCAAGAAAAAUCAAAAACACCCCAUCCGCUAGACAACCCUUCUAUGUUACUUUCAGGGGAUCCGCUUGACAUUCCCCUACCACCUCUCUCCUCAUCAGGGGGUAGUAGUCACCGAGAACUGUCCGCAGGUCGCGACGACGCAGAGACUUCGAACCCUGGUGGCACUAGUAUCUUUGCCAGUAACUUUGCCCCAGAUUUGUCCGGUCCGGCGCUACGGGACACAGCCAAUCUAUCUCAUGAGCUUUUCGGGAUUCUGCGCGGAUAUCCCCAACUGAUGCAGCAGCCCGGAUUUUGGUCUCCCUUCAUUCACCACCGUCUUUACCGUUGCUCUAAGGAGGGCAUGGCCGAGCCCCUCGGCAUCGCCCUGGCCUGCGUCUCGGCCUAUUCAAGCUCGGUUGAGUCUAGCUUUGAGUUCGUUGAUAAUAUGAUCAACUCGCAACGGGAGCGGCUGUUGCGUGAAUUUAACAAUUACAGUGACCGUCCAGAGACCUGCCUUGCCGCCCUACAUGCUGUUUGCCUUUAUCAGAUCCUGGGACUGUUUGGCGGCUCGUCCGUAGACACUCCCAAAUCAGGUAAUAGCACGCCUUUCAAAGAUGCCAAUGAGAGACGUCGCGAAGACUCGGGAAAGGUCGCAGAACUCCAUAGUUCCUUCUUGCUGAAGAUGACCCGGCGCCUCUGCAAGGUGCACCAGAAAACCCUCGGAGGAAAUGAACCAGGCUGGUCUGAGUGGAAAUUUGCCGAAUCUCUCCGCCGUAACGUCUUCUUCAUUCACAUCAUUAAUAUACUCGCCGCCGAAGCCCGAGAGCUGCACUAUGACUACUUUGAGCCGUUGAAUGAUGCCAUGGUUUUACAAAUGCCCCUUCCAGCCCCGGAGUAUAUGUGGCGCGCCUGCAGCGAAGAAGAAUGGCGAGUGGCCCAUGAAUACGCGCGUCCAAGUUCACAUACCCUGCGUACCCUUCAGGAGUUACUGGAUUCGGACCGUGCUGGUACCUUGAACGUCGCGUCACUGCAACCCUUAACCAGGAUGAUUUUGGCGUGUCACAAGAUUCGGCCUCGGGGUUACGAUGGAGAAGUGCCCUGA